AUCGCCUUUAUAUAUCUCGUGUCCUGGUGGAUCUCUUUCGAGGUUAUUCAGCUUUUUGGAAAAGAAAUCAUGACGUCGCCAGCAAAAUUCAAAAAGGAUAAGGAGAUCAUAGCUGAAUAUGACACUCAAGUUAAAGAGAUCCGUGCCCAGUUGGUAGAGCAGCUGAAAUGCCUUGACCAGCAGUGUGAGCUUCGGGUCCAGUUACUGCAGGACUUGCAGGAUUUCUUCCGCAAGAAGGCAGAGAUUGAGAUGGAUUACUCCAGGAAUUUGGAGAAGUUGGCUGAGAGAUUCCUGGCUAAAACUAGGAGCACCAAAGACCAACAAUUCAAGAAGGAUCAGAACGUGCUGUCACCAGUGAACUGCUGGAACCUGCUGCUCAACCAGGUGAAGAGGGAGAGCAGGGACCACACCACCCUCAGUGACAUUUAUCUCAACAACAUCAUCCCACGCUUUGUCCAGGUCAGCGAGGACUCAGGACGCCUCUUCAAGAAGAGCAAGGAAGUGGGGCUGCAGCUCCAGGAGGACUUGAUGAAGGUCUUGAAUGAGCUCUACACGGUGAUGAAAACCUACCACAUGUACAACGCUGACAGCAUCAGUGCCCAGAGCAAGCUGAAGGAGGCAGAGAAGCAGGAGGAGAAGCAGAUUGGGAAGUCAGUGAAGCAGGAGGACAAGCAGACCCCACGUUCCCCCGACUCCACCUCCAGUGUCAAGUUUGAGGAGAAACACGUCCGGAGGAGCUCCGUGAAAAAAAUCGAGAAAAUGAAGGAGAAGCGCCAAGCAAAGUACACAGAAAACAGACUGAAGGCAAUUAAGGCAAGGAAUGAAUAUCUGCUGGCCCUGGAAGCCACCAAUGCCUCGGUGUUCAAGUACUACAUCCAUGACCUGUCUGAUCUCAUUGAUCAGUGCUGUGACCUGGGCUACCACGCCAGCCUCAACAGAGCCCUGAGGACGUUCCUGUCGGCCGAGCUGAACCUGGAGCAGUCCAAGCACGAGGGGCUGGAUGCCAUUGAGAACGCUGUGGAGAACCUGGAUGCCAACAGUGACAAGCAGAGGCUGAUGGAGAUGUACAACAACGUCUUCUGUCCCCCCAUGAAGUUCGAGUUCCAGCCACACAUGGGGGACAUGGAGUCUCAGCUCUGUGCCCAGCAGCCAGUCCAGAGUGAGCUGGUGCAGAGGUGUCAGCAGCUGCAGUCCCGGCUGUCCACGCUGAAGAUUGAAAAUGAAGAGGUGAAGAAGACAAUGGAGGCCACGCUGCAGACAAUCCAGGACAUUGUCACCAUAGAGGACUUUGAUGUCUCUGACUGCUUCCAGUACAGCAACUCCAUGGAGUCUGUGAAAUCCACGGUGUCCGAAACGUUCAUGAGCAAACCCAGCAUUGCCAAGAGAAGGGCAAACCAGCAGGAGACUGAGCAGUUCUACUUCACAAAAAUGAAGGAAUACCUGGAAGGCAGGAACCUGAUCACGAAGCUCCAGGCCAAGCAUGACCUCCUGCAGAAGACCCUGGGAGAAAGUCAGCGGACAGACUGCGCCCUGGCCAGUGGCAGGCGCAGCUCCACCGUGAGGAAGCAGGAUUCCUCCCAAGCCAUUCCCCUGGUGGUGGAGAGCUGCAUCAGAUUCAUCAGCAGGCACGGUUUGCAGCACGAAGGAAUAUUCAGAGUGUCUGGGUCACAAGUUGAAGUGAACGACAUCAAAAAUGCAUUUGAGAGAGGGGAAGAUCCCUUGGCUGGGGACCAGAACGACCACGACAUGGAUUCCAUAGCAGGAGUCCUCAAGCUCUAUUUCCGAGGCUUGGAGCACCCCCUCUUCCCCAAGGACAUCUUCCAUGACCUGAUUGCCUGUGUCACCAUGGAUAAUUUGCAGGAGCGAGCGCUGCACGUCCGGAAGGUGCUGCUGAACCUGCCCAAGACCACCCUGAUUGUCAUGAGAUACCUCUUUGCAUUCCUCAACCAUUUAUCUCAGUUCAGUGAAGAAAACAUGAUGGAUCCCUACAACCUGGCCAUCUGCUUUGGGCCCACGCUGAUGUCUGUGCCCGAGGGUCACGACCAGGUCUCUUGCCAGGCUCACGUCAAUGAACUGAUCAAAACCAUCAUCAUCCAACAUGAGAACAUCUUCCCAGGACCCAGGGAGCUGGAGGGCCCAGUCUACAGCAGAGGUGGAAACACGGAGGAUUACUGUGAAAGCCCUCAUGGAGAGAGAGCCCUGGCAGAAGAUUCGGUGCAGGAUGUCACAGCUGAGCACCACACCAGUGAUGAUGAGUGUGAGCCCAUAGAGGCCAUAGCCAAGUUUGACUACCUGGGAAGGACUGCACGGGAGCUGUCCUUCAAGAAAGGAGCCUCUCUGCUGCUCUACCAGCGAGCCUCGGAUGACUGGUGGGAGGGACGGCACAACGGCAUCGACGGCCUCAUCCCCCACCAGUACAUCGUGGUGCAGGACACUGAGGAUGGGAUGUCGGAAAGGUCCAGUCCGAAGUCAGAAAUAGAAAUAAAUUCUGAGCCACCGGAGGAAAAAGUGACAGCCAGAGCUGGUGCCAGCUGCCCGAGCGGGGGCCACGUCGCAGAUAUUUACCUUGCAAACAUCAACAAGCAAAGAAAGAAACCAGAGUCAGGCAGCAUCAGAAGAGCGUUCCGUCAAAGUGACAGCCACGGCCUAGGUAGUUCCCUGGCAGAACCAGCCUCCCCCGGAGCCAUAGCCGGUUCCAGGCCCUCAUCUCAGCCCAUUAUGAGCCAAAGUCUUCCCAAGGAGGUUCCAGACAAAUGCUCCAUCAGUGGCCACGGCAGCCUCAACUCCAUCAGCCGGCACUCGUCGCUCAAGAGCAGGAUGGAGAGCCCCCAGAUCCGCAAGGCUGUCACGGCCGGCAGGUCCAAGAGCUUCAACAACCACCGGCCCGUGGACCCCGAGGUCAUUGCACAGGACAUUGAAGCCACCAUGAACUCAGCCCUGAACGAGCUGAGGGAGCUGGAGAGGCAGAGCAGCGUCAAGCACACCCCUGACGUCGUCCUGGACACCCUGGAACCCCUAAAAACGUCCCCGGUGGUGGCCCCCACCUCGGAGCCCUCCAGCCCCCUGCACACCCAGCUCCUGAAGGACGCUGAGCCCCCGUUCCAGCGCAGUGCCAGCACAGCUGGGGACAUUCCCUGCACCUUCAGGCCGGUCAAGUCCGUCAAGGUGGCCCCGCAGGUGAAGCCGCCGGCCACGCGGCCCAAGCCGACCGUGUUCCCCAAAACCAGCUCCAGCAGCCCUGGCGUGGCCACCUCUGCAGCCCAGCAGCCCCCCGACAAGUCCUGUACUGUGUGA